UAAAUUACAGUGAAGAUGUCUGGAAGAGGAAAGACCGGUGGUAAAGCCCGUGCUAAGGCAAAGACUCGCUCCUCCAGGGCAGGGCUGCAGUUCCCAGUCGGCCGUGUCCACAGGCUGCUGCGGAAGGGAAACUAUGCCCAGCGUGUCGGCGCUGGAGCCCCGGUCUAUCUGGCCGCUGUGCUCGAGUACCUGACUGCUGAAAUCCUGGAACUGGCCGGGAACGCCGCCCGGGACAACAAGAAAACCAGAAUCAUCCCGCGUCACCUGCAGCUCGCUGUCCGCAACGACGAGGAGCUCAACAAGCUGAUGGGAGGCGUCACCAUCGCUCAGGGCGGAGUGCUGCCCAACAUCCAGGCCGUGCUGCUGCCCAAGAAAACAGAGAAGCCAGCCAAGAAGUUUUUUCAUACUGUGUACAAGAGUUUGAAGAUGGCACGAACCAAGCAGACCGCUCGUAAGUCCACCGGUGGAAAGGCUCCCAGGAAGCAGCUCGCUACCAAGGCUGCCCGAAAGAGCGCUCCCGCUACCGGCGGCGUGAAGAAACCUCACCGCUACAGGCCUGGGACUGUGGCUCUGAGGGAGAUCCGCCGCUAUCAGAAAUCCACCGAGCUGCUGAUCCGCAAACUGCCCUUCCAGCGGCUGCCGCCGGCCUGCAGGAUCUUCUUGAGCGCCGCCACGGACAGCCCGCUGCGCUCCUUGGAGGCAGACACAGCCUUGACGAUGAGCUCCGACACGCUGGGACCCGAUUUCUUGGGCUUGGCCGCGGUCUUCUUCUUGGGAGCUUUAGCCGGAGCAGGGGCGGCUGUUACAGUGAAGAUGUCUGGAAGAGGAAAGACCGGUGGUAAAGCCCGUGCUAAGGCAAAGACUCGCUCCUCCAGGGCAGGACUGCAGUUCCCAGUCGGCCGUGUCCACAGGCUGCUGCGGAAGGGAAACUAUGCCCAGCGUGUCGGCGCUGGAGCCCCGGUCUAUCUGGCCGCUGUGCUCGAGUACCUGACUGCUGAAAUCCUGGAACUGGCCGGGAACGCCGCCCGGGACAACAAGAAAACCAGAAUCAUCCCGCGUCACCUGCAGCUCGCUGUCCGCAACGACGAGGAGCUCAACAAGCUGAUGGGAGGCGUCACCAUCGCUCAGGGCGGAGUGCUGCCCAACAUCCAGGCCGUGCUGCUGCCCAAGAAAACCGAGAAGCCAGCCAAGAAAUAAAUCACUCGGACGCCGCUUUUAAGAUCUUCUAAAACCCCAAAGGCUCUUUUAAGAGCCACC